UCAGGACCCUCCCCGCCGCGCUGCCGUCACUUCCUGCAGCUGGCCCCGGCAGCGCUGCCGGUCCCGGCUCUUUCUGCGGCCUCGGGCGCUGAGUGCAGCCGUACGGGGCUGUGGUGCCGCUGGGGGCUGGGGCAGUCGCCCUUAGCCCCCGCCCGGUGGUAGAUCUGAAGACGACUCCUCAUCCUUCAGAAGUUGCAUGCCCACAGUCUUCCUGGCCAAUGAUUCUUCUACAGCAAGCAGGACUUCUUCCUCAUUCUGAGAAGCCUUCAUCUCUUCCUAUGUCAGUGGCUACAAGGCCAAAAGCCACCUCACCAUUGUCCCCACCAAAAUCUCUUGGACUGGGGCCUUCCUUUCAUCACACACAAGAAGAAGAGCUUGCAAAGGUGGUGGAGCAGGACCCUGUACUGGAGGAACUAUGUAAGCCUCUGUGCUGUAAGCUUUGCAAUGUCACUCUGAAUUCAGCACAACAAGCCCAGGCUCAUUACCAGGGUAAAAACCACAGUAAAAAACUCCGAAAUUACUAUGCUGCCAAUAGCUGUCCAGCAUCUGCCAGAAUGAGUAAUUUGGUUGAGCCUGCCCCACCUCAGAUUGUCUCUCUUCCAACUCAGAUGGGAUCCAGUAAACCAGGUGGUCGAGUGAUCUUGGCCACAGAGAAUGAUUACUGCAAGCUUUGUGAUGCCUCAUUUAGUUCUCCAGCUGUGGCACAGGCUCACUACCAAGGGAAAAAUCAUGCCAAGCGGCUGCGUCUUGCAGAAGCACAGAGUAACUCAUUCUCGGAUGCAUCAGAACUAGGCAAACGAAGGGCAAGGAAAGAAGGGAAUGAAUAUAAAAUGAUGCAGAACAGAAGAAAUAUGUAUAUGGUUCAAAACAACACAGGUCCCUACUUCAAUCCCCGCUCACGCCAGAGGAUUCCUCGGGAUCUGGCCAUGUGUGUCACCCCCAGUGGCCAGUUCUACUGCUCCAUGUGCAACGCCGGGGCCAGUGAAGAGAUGGAGUUCAGACAGCACUUAGAAAGCAAACAGCAUAAAAGCAAGGUGUCUGAACAGCGGUAUAGGAAUGAGAUGGAGAACCUAGGCUAUGUACAAUGAUGCGCCACCCUUGGUAGUAAUUUGCAAAUAGAGCAGCUUGUCUCUUGCCUGCUGUUUGCCACAUGCCCUGCUUUGUGCUCCCUUUGAUAGGAGUAUGCUCUCGAGCUGUACAUGUAACACCUGCAAACUUAAUGGUAUGGUUAGAUUUUUUUUCUGUCAUAGUUGGCAGGAUGACACUGUGCAGGACAUGAGUGUUUUUGAUGUUUGUUUGCUAAUUAUCUAAGGCUCUUCGUUGUAUUGAGUGGCAGGGAGGACUUUGUCUGCUCCUCAGCGUUCUGCAUGAAUAUGCAAAGCCCAGAAGUGCUGGGAACCUCUGUGGUUCUACCACACAGGUGGACCAUGUGCAAAGCCUACUCCCCCUGUUUGCAUACCAGAGAGCAGUGCUCCAGAAUGCCUCCCUAAAGCAGACUGAAUCUCUGGGCAGCUUAUAAAAGAGAGGCAGGAAUGGGGCCUGUGAGUGAAUGAAUUAGGUGGUGUACUUGCCCACAAAUUGCUGCUUGUGGCUCCCAUUAGCAGCCCAGAGUAUAUUCUUUCCACAUUGCUGUAGAAAAGCUGUGUAAGACAUUGGAGAGUCUUGUGUCUUACCGCUUCCUUUGCGAUGCAGAUUUCAUUUGAACAUCUGACAUUGGAUAUCAGCUGAUACAGCCCGAUUCAGAAAUACUCUAUUCUACCAGUUAACAGUGAAAAAAGAUUCUCAAUGUUGUUGACUGGUCACCUUAAUACAUCAUGGCUGUACCUCAUCUCCCUGAAGAGAGUAUGUGGGGAUCUCAGUGGCUCAAUGAAGUGAAUUGGAAAGCAAACCUGCUCAGGUUAUACGUGCUCUGCUCUGAUUCUGCCUUAGACUGAGUAGGGUUGAGAAUCGGUUGAAAGGAGCUGUCAGCUGUAAUUUUUUUUGCAAGUGUUGGUCUCUGGCCCACAGCUCUAUUACUCUGGGGAGCAGGGCUGCAUGGACCCUGGGGAGCAGGUACUGGUGUGUCUCACUUUCAUGUCAUUCCCUGGACAAAGCCCAAUAGGUGUUAUAGAGGAGAGCUGAAAUACUCCUUUGCACUAGAGCUACCAAUAUUGGAUGAUUUUUUUCCCCUCUAUCUUUUCCCAUCUCAGGAUGGGUUUUAAUUCCAUUCCUUGAUGUAAACUUCGCUGUUUUAGGGACCAUCAAAAAUCCAAAGUUAGGUAGAAUGUAAAUGUCAGGGGUGAUGAUUGUUUGAGUAACAGCUUUUUGGCCAUACGGAAGUAUUCAUGAAAUUUGUUAAGCACCUUUUUUAAGGACAGACAAGCCCAAAGGUGUGCCUGCUUUGAUUUUUCUUAGCGAAAGUAGAAAGGGGAUAAGGAACAGAAGUAGGGCUGACAUUUAUUUUUCUGCUUAUUUGGGUAGAUGUGAGGAGCUGUGCUUGGAAUCCAGUUCACAAUGUUUCUAAAACAUUGGCUUCAGUGGCAAGUGCAGAAUGUAGGUAACCCCUGUUGGACCUGAUUCACCACUGUGCUGCUAUAGCUGUAUGCUGGUAAAGCUUCAUUGACUUUAGUGGCAGGUGCACAGCAGGGGUAAAUGAAGCAUCAUGGCUUGUCUCUCAUUCCUCUUUAGGCAUUACAUUGAAUUAAAUGCAGCUCCAUUGGUUUCAGUAGCAUUUUACCAGGGAUAAAUUCUACCUACUUUGUAAUGGUGAAGGUAGCUCCCCAGCACCACCUUUUUUUUUUUCCUUUUUGCCAUUCUGAUCCUGCCUCUUGCAUUGAAGGAGGAUUUUCUGCUUGCCUUAAAAAAAAAAAUGAAAAAUGAAUAAACUAACCAAAAAUCCAGAUAUUUUUUUUCAUCUUCCUAGUUCACCUCAGAAAGGUUUCUUGCACUUGGCUGCUCCUCAGAGAUUGAGUAUUGUUAUCUUUAGCUACCUGAGAGCGUCAGGUACAACCUUAAUGCAGUCUUCCUAAAUGCAGUCAAAGUGAACUCUUGCAUAGUGGACAAAAGCACCCCUCUGCAUGAUUCCAUGGUGAUCGUUGCCCUGCAGAUACAGGCAUAGCAAUGGGCAUCUUCUUGACUGGGAUUCCCUCCCUCCUUUGUGCAAAGCCCAAGGGUUUGUGCACUGAAACACGUUAGAAGGUAGGAGGACAUGUGUCCAAGUUGCAAAGCACUAAUUGAGCACUUUUGACAGCCUGUAAGUCCGUUUCUUCUGUGCUUUCCUGCUCCUGGCUCAUCCUCUGUGCAGCCUUGAAGAAUAUUCCCCUUGCAAAAAUCUUUCAUCAGCUUUUUCCCUUCAUCUUCUGCAGUCAAACAAGGGCUCUGGUUUUCUCUUUGUAUUCUGCCUUUUGUUUUGGCAGUUUGACACCACUGUACAGGGACAGAGGGAAUUGGAUGAGCCUUACCAUACUGCUUCACCAGAGCAAUCCCUGCAUUACGGUUAAACAUCCCCCUUGCUGCAAGUUACAGUGUGGCGUUUCCCACAGGCUGCAGUUAGUAGCAGAACAACAAUAUUGUGAAAUACGAACUGGAGGAGCUGUAGGUACUAAUGUUGUCAAGUUUUUUGCUUGGGCUAGGAAGGCAUUUUUGCUUGCUUUCAUGUGUCCCAAAAAUCAGCUGUUCACCACUGUGCUUUGGUUGCUGCCCCUGCUCCCAGCCCAGUGAUCUGCUCCUCAUUUGGCAUUUCCAGUGACUGACAGAGGUGUCAAAACUCGGAUCGCUCCGCAUGCUGUUACCUCCUAGUAACAACUGGUGCAAACCUGCCGCAACAUGCCAGUGCUAGUGCAUUUGGGAUCGUGUGUGAAUGAGUUGUGAAGCCCUGCAGGCUCCUCUCUGCAUGGGCCACAUCUGAAUUUGAGGAAUGGCUUGAGUCUACCCUGAAGAGAGAGGUCUGUAUCUGCUUUUGUUCAAGGGAAUGCAACA